UUGGCAUCUUCUCGCCUCCCUGGUGGACCCUGCAUCGAAGGUGCCACAGGUGAUAUGUCUGAAGAAGAUGUAACGGAGGUAGACAGAGAAAUGCUCAUGAUGCCGCUCAAAUCCAGGAAACAGAUAUAUUCAUCAGCAAUCCGACAGCGUCAUCGUGUUGCUAUGAGACCUAUUGCUCGUCGAUCCGAGAUUAUCAUUCCACAGCAGCUUACUUGGCUUAAAAAGGUUUACACUAUGCUGGCUGAUGAAUCUUAUGUUAUACCACGAUAUGAUGCUCAUAUAGCAGUUCUUGCGAUUGAAAGCUUGUACAUGUUCAUCAUCGAGUCCUACCAAGAAGAUCGUUAUGGUGUAGUUUUGAAAGACCUCGCGAACAUCAUUGGGAAGUUUGUGCAGUUGAUUCAGACCAUUGACAAGUUCUUCCGAUUGAAGGCGAAUCAAACUGUCACCACGUGUUCUGACGCCACAGUACGUCAGAUCGACGCGGCGCUUCAGGCAGGUUUGUUGCGUAUCAACGGGAAGUUUGGGACCCAUCUUAGUGCUUUAAACCUUACCCGUGAACAACUCCAAACUAUUAAGAUGGUCUGUCAGUCGGAUAUAUAA